AUGUGCUCGUACUACGCCCACGCCUUCGUCUGCAAGCACAUGACGUUUACGUUCGCGCGGUUCUGCACGCCGGCCAACUUCACGCAGACGCCCUGUGACAAGCGCACCAUCUGGCACACCAUCGGGCUCGACGAGGCCUGCGACGAGUGCCGGGUCUGGUUUCCCGAUAGGUUCCCCGCCCAGGCCCAGGUGUCCGCCAGGAAGGCCCGGCGCGUGUGA